AUGUACGCCGCUCAGAAUAUAACGCCAACAGUUUUGGAUGCCAUGAACGGAAAUGUUUCCGAAUGGUAUAACGAAUGCGACAAUGCCAUUAGAAGGUCAGAAAUAGUUCCUGGAACUUACGAAUAUACAACUGCUGUUUCUUAUGGAAACGUAGGUGAGUUUGGAGAAGGUUCUUCAACAACAGUAGAUAUUGCUUGCGACAGGUUUCAUAUAAUUUCUAUUGACAACUCUUUCUUAUACGUGGAACAAGACAUUGAAAUAAAACCUUCUGCCAAGUUGUCUGACAAGAAAGGUUGCAAUGGAAUUUUCUAUGUCGGAUACCAAUAUGCUCCAGAAGUUUUCAUGGGAUAUAAGAUAUAUUCUAACUCUGACUUAGUUCAAACAGUAACAUGGGCAAACUAUGAAUGGUUCGCUUUGAGAAACUCAGUACAACCACAAGCUAGAGAACAAACAGACCAGUAUGCAACUAUUGAGAAAAUAAGAAGACUUGACCCUAACGUUCCAGGAGUUUAUGUUAACCUUUCUGGACAAACUGCAGCAGCAGUAACCAAAGUAAAACUGAAACUUAGAGUUCCUUUGUCAUCUUUCCUCAUCUUCAGGUUUUUAAGAUACUUGCCAAACUGGGCAGGAAAAAUUUCUAUCGAACUUACUCCAAGCAAAAAUAACUUAGUCAUUGCACCAACACAAGACCCAUUCACUCUUACAGAAGUAGUGGGAACAAAUAAAAUGUCAUUCGCCGACUUUUGCAA